CGCCUGGAUACGGGAAAGCGUCGCUCUCUGGUCGCUACGGAGAGAGAGAGAGGGGGGGAGGAAGAGAGAGAGGGGGGGAGACCGAGCAAGAGAUAGAUAGAGAGAGAGAGAGAGAGCAAGUGAUAGAGCGACAGGCAGAGAAGAAUGGUUGUGUUGUAGUGGAGUGCGAGACUUUCUCGUGCACUUUCCCCCGCACAGGGUAACUUAGUGGCAUGGCCGUCUGCGGGAGCCGCUUCUCGGUCGUUGGGGCGACGACUCGACCAAGUUUUGUCGCGUGUCCUCCCUCGGUCGGUCGCUGCUAACGCACCGGCAUGACGGACACAGAUUAGUUAGCAUGCUAGCGAGUUAGCCAGCCGUCCUCAGCAUCACGCACAGGGACCACGCCUGCCGGUGCGAGUGUGGCUGUAGGUUCCUAGGCAGUCAUGGGGAAACUACAGAGCAAGUUUCGCAAGCGGUCUGAUCUCUACAGGGCAUCUGAGGGGGAGAAGGCAGAUAAUAACUUUGACAGUCAGGUGGUGCAGUAUGAACCUGCCCAUCAAGGAUCCAUCAGCACUGUCACGAAUCUCAGCCCAGAUCUGUGUGUUUCUGGCGGUAGCGAUCAGGCUGUGGUGGUGUAUGACUGGAAACAAGGCCGGAUGUGUCAGUCCUUCCAGGGUCACAACAGAGAGGUUACCAAGGUGGUGUGUUAUCCAGGAAGUACAUGGAUCUUUAGUGCCUCACGGGACAAAACUGUUCUGAUGUGGGACCUAAACCAGGGGGAUGAACCUAUUCAGGAAUUCUGUGGGCAUGAGUUGGUGGUCAACGGACUAGCUAUCAGCCCUGAUGGGAGAAAGCUAUGCACCGGUUCUCGUGACAACUGGAUGUGCCUGUGGGACAUAGAAUCUGCAAAAUGUGAACAGAGACACAACAUCUCUAGAAACCUGGUGACUCAUGUGUGUUGGGUGCCAUCCAGCUCCUCUGUAGUCCAGACUUCUGAGGAUAAGACCAUAAGGGUGUGGGACAGCCGUGCCUGGCAGGUGACCAAUACGUUUCCAGCCAAGCAGUACAUCCAGACCCACUGUGACGUCUCUCCCAACGGGAACUAUCUGGUGUCGAGCAGCAACGGCUUUGGAGGGCAGGGCUGUGAAGCCACGCUCUGGGACCUGCGGCAGCCUGGCUGUAAGGUUGUGGAGUACAGAGGCCACCUCCAAACCACAGCCUCAUGUGUUUUUCUACCUACGCCUCCUGGUGGCACUGCUCAGGUUGCAACAUCCUCCCAUGACAGCUCCAUCAAAAUCUGGGAUCAGAACACAGCAGUUUGUUUAGGGACGCUGUCUCUGGAUGGUGCUGGUCCACUGGUUGCUCUGGCCCCAAAUGACUCCACCAAUCUGCUGUGUGCCAGCUUCAGCAACGGCCUCAACCAUAUCCAGGUGGGCCAGGGAUCAAACCAGGCUCAGGGUUCUGCAGCAGGUUCAGGUGGAGCUGGUGGCCUCGACAUUAAAGUCGUUGCACGUUUCUGAGAGUCCGAAAGAGACUGGUGUGACUCGUAACUCUCACCUGUGACCUUUCACUGACUCAGCAAGCAAUAGACUGAAUUUAUUUUUUUAAUAUAAUUUUACACACUGUAUUUCUAUAGACACGUUUGCUUUAUUAGCCUGCCAUACAGCGAAGAAUGACAGAAGAGAUCAGCAAGAACAUGAGGGGAUGAAAAUGACAUAUAGAGUAUGCACCUUUCGUUCAGCAGAGCCAUGUGCAUGUCCCUCACAUGUUCUGUUAGGAGACUGAACUCCAGAGUUAUCAUGCUUGGACUGAUGCCUUCAUGGACCAGGUCAGAUGAACCAGGAUUUACUCAGCUUAUACACUACUACAGCUAGGUGGCGCUGACAAAUUGCUUCAUUCACAUGUAUUUGGAUCCAUUGAGAGUUUUAGUUGCAAAUUUGGAAGCACUGUUGCUGGAGUAUCAGCUGUGUAGUCAGGACUUCUACUGAGCCAAAUAGAAUUGCAUACUUAUAGUAUAGAUUUAGUUUUUUCCAAUAUCAAAUUUAAUAGGUACUGUCAGAUUUACAGUCUUGUCUGUCAAGUGGAAAGUUGUUUUUUAUCACCGAAACAGAGUAAAGAGGAACACGUCGAUGUUACUGAUUAGUUUGUGCUCUAGUUGGAACCUGUCCAGUGUUAGGCCAAAUGAGUACAUAUAACACAGGUCUGUAUAAACAUGCUUUAUUUUUAGGUAGAUUUCACUCAAACAAUAGGACACAGAUUCUAAUAUUUGUAAACUGGAGCUGCUGAUAGUUGAUGUGCUGAUAUCCAACAUUACUAUGCAAAAUACCAUAGUGAUUCCCUUUUUGAUAAAACACAGUUUGAAUAAACUAAUCCAAAUUAAGUGUAUACUAUUAAUUUGCAAGUAAAGCUGCUCAACGUGUCAAUAUAAAGCCUGCAACCAGCAGUUAAUGAAGAUAUUGUUUGACAAGGUCUGCUGCACUAUUAACAAAAUGUAUUGAAUGUGAAUUUUGAAUCCAGACCUAUAUUGUUCAGUCAGAAAAUGCUAAUGCUAAUAUUAGCAGCUUUAAGUUAAUGAAUUUGGCCAGUUCUAUAUGAAAGUAUAAUUGUCAGGACAAGAGUGAAGCACUCAUGUACUAGAAGUGUACCUUUAAUACUGAUUAUGAUUACGCUUCAACUUCUUAGCAAUAAUGUUUUUUGGUAUGUACACAAAGAGGUGUCAGUUUCUCCAAAAGCUGUGGCUGUUAUAGGAUCCAACUUCACUGGAGGAACGAACAGAUUCAUACAGAUGUUAAUCUAAAGGAAACAUCUGGUUGAGUUUCAAUUGUCUUUUCUUUACAUGCGGAUGAGAUAUAGCAAUAAAAACUUUCAGAAGAUCAGAAGGAAAUCUAAAGAGUUGCAAUAAGAAAACUCAACUGUGAUGUCAAAUGGGGCUUAAGAGUCGACAGUGAAUGAUUUAUUAUUUUUCUAUAAUGUAAGGAACACUACUAGCCAUAGGGAACUGAGGGUGAUCACACAUUUCACUUAUAACUAUCACAGAUCAUCACUAGUUGAUUCAGUUGUGUCUGUCAUACAUUAUACUAAGCAAUAAAUAAGACAUUUAUGAUGUAUGAGGGGAAAAUGUAAGUUGUCUGUUCGUAUCAGCACAGAUCUUUAAAUUGGCGACAGCCUUAUAAUUAAUAUGCCAUUAAUAUACAGUACCUGUACAUAUUUGUCAUUUAAUAUAAAUGCUUUGUUCAUCUGAUUCAGUAAAAAAGCUACAGGUAAAUUACAAGAUUAAAACCACUGAGAGGGGAAGUCAGUGACAUUGAUUAUCUCCUUGGCACCUGUCAAAGGUCAGGAUGUGUUGGGCAGCGAGUGAACAGUCACUUCAUUGAGGAUGAGGUGUUCGAAGCAGGAAAAACAGGCAGACAUAACGAUCAGAACAACUUUAAUUAGGGUCAGAUUGUGAUGGCUAGACGAGCGGGUCAGAUCUUCUCCAGAACGGCAGGAUUAUUGGGUGUGUUUACAGUGGUCAGUAUCUACCCCAUAGGAUAACCAGUGAAUCUGUGGCACGGUCAUGGGCACUCACUUCCCCAGCAAUGUAGUCCUCUCCCACAGAAGAGCACUGAUUAGUUAAAAAUGUGGGGGAUUUCUCGUCAAGUAUUACAUAACCAGCAUCAGCUUCAACACAAAAGAUCGAGUCUUACAAAUACAAUCUGUCCUCUCUUACAUUAGUUUCGGUGUAACCCCUCUCACUGUGGUCUACUUAUAAUUGACUGAUGCCACAUUUAAAUCAUUUUCUACACCCAUUUUACAAAAGGGUUCAUAUUGUUAGGAUAUGAAAAAAAAACUGACUCCAUGUGGGGAAAUCACAUCUGCAUGUAAUUAUUAAUGAAUCAGAAGACUCCCUCAUACUGUGGUGUUUAAUUUAUUUAAAUCUGGACCUCAUUCUCCCUCUGCCACAAAAACAAACCACAUAUCCAUCAACAGGUUUUCAUUAAGACUCACACACAAAGUAGACAUCAGCAGGCAGAACAGUUCGGCGGUCGCCACAUCACUGAAGUACAGAAAUAAACAAAAUUUAAAUGACAUAAUUGCCUUAAAUUAAUGCAAUAUAUACAAUAUUGGCACAGCAUGAUAUAAAAAGCUAAGUGGAAUAAGUAGGAUACAGUACAUUAAAUUAACAUAAGUCAUUCAGAAGACCUUUUAAAGAAUAAAUACUGUAUAUGAACAUUAGCAUUCAGUCCAGAGCUGAGAGAUACUAAUAGAAACAUGUACCGGCAUUUUUCAGCAUCUGAGUGGUAACAGUAGGUUGUAAUACAUGAGCUAGUGGUGACUUAAAGCAUUCAGUGUUUCUUCCGUGAUGUUUGAACGGAGGGUCAAAGCCUCAAUCUUGAGUUUUUACGAGCUGGUUUUUGUCUAUGAAACCAUUUUUUUGUCGUGCUAGAAAUAAUUAAAACUGUGUGAGAGAA